UUUCUUCUACUUCUCCAUAUAACACACCAACUCUUCACUGUAAUUAUUAACAUAAAGUUAACACAUUCAAACAGUCUUCUCUAUGGGCAACCACGUCGUAAAAGGGUGCCUCUGCUCCGCCGGCGCCGGAGAUAUCUCCCGCCGGUACCACCAUAGCAAUGCCAACCCCUUCGGAAACUCAAUAUGUUACGUUCGACCGCCGGACCUUUUCUCCACCGAUAACGUCACUACGAUCACAACCUUCCGAUCAGUUUCCGGCGCUUCCGUCAGCGCUAACUCCUCCACCCCGCCUUCCACCACCUUCGAUUCUCUCCACCACAGCGCAACCAAUUCCCCCGUCGUGUUGGACUCCUCGGCGUCGUUUGAGAGCUCCCCAUCGUUCACGUCGAUGCCUCUGCAGCAACAACACGCUUCGUGUCGUGAUGGAUCCUUUGGGGGAAGCUGCAACCCCGUUUGGUGCAGCCCAAUGGAGAGAGGGUUCUCUUCGGGCCCCGUGGUGCUUGGCGCUUUGAUGAAUGAAAGAGAUUUGAAGAAGAAGCUGCGGAGAAGAUUCUCUCAUGACAAUGGGUUUGCGUUUGAGGACAAAAGUAAGAAGCAAAGCGUGAGGAAGAUUCUCAAGAGGGUGAUUUCUGGGUCCUUUGUUAAAAGGGUGGUUUCCAUUGGAGGGUACAAGAAAAAGAAAGAAAAUGACAUUGUUAAAGUUGACGGCGAUGAUGACGGUGGUGGUGGUGACGAUGAUAAGAAUUCUGAUGAUCAUCCUUCUUUAGAUGAUAAUGAUGAUGAUCAUCAUCAUCCUUAUUUGAGUGAUGAUAACGAGAAGUUUAACGUUGUUGGAAGUUGUUGCAGUGACUUUAAAAAUCAAGACUUUAUGGCGUCGGUUACGGUUGCAGACCGUGAAUUGAUGGGAUGUGAGAAUCUAGAAUGGGCUGAAGGGAGAGCAGGUGAGGAUCGUGUGCAUAUUGUGAUUUCUGAGGAGCAUGGGUGGGUUUUUGUAGGAAUUUAUGAUGGGUUCAAUGGUCCUGAUGCUACUGAUUAUCUUCUUGAUAAUCUUUUCCAUUCUGUGCAUGAUGAGCUCAAGGGCAUGCUAUGUGGCGACACGUCGGAGAAAGUGUUGUUAGGUUUGGUUAAUGGUAGUGGUAGGUCCUCCAAAAUAAGGAACACAGUGGUCAAAGGUUGUUGUUCUUCGAUGUUGGAUAACUGGGAUUCUUUGAAUUGUUGGAAGAAAUUGGAGUUAAGCGUGAAAGGGGCAUCAAGUUUUGGGCAUUCAGAUGCGUUGGUUGGUCUUUCUGAGGCGUUGAGGAAGACGGAGGAUGCGUUUCUGAAGAAAGUUGAUGAAGUGAUUGGUAAUAAUCCUGUGUUGACUAUGAUGGGGUCUUGUGUUUUGGUGAUGCUGAUGAAGGGAGAAGAUGUUUACUUGAUGAAUGUGGGAGACAGUCGUGCAAUAUUGGCUGAUCACAGUGUUAAUUCUCUUCAGCUCACCAUGGAGCACAGUACCCUUGUCAAAGAGGAGGUUGACAGAAUCAUGAAGGAGCACCCAGAUGACCCUUGUGCAAUUACUAAAGGAAGGGUGAAAGGUUACUUAAAUGUUACAAGAGCUUUUGGUGCUGGCUUCCUGAAGGAGCCUAAACAGAAUAAUGCAGUAUUAGAGAGUCUGAAAGUUAACUACAUAGGGGAAUCCCCAUACAUCGUAUGUUCUCCUUCACUUUACCACCACAGGCUGAGGCCAAGUGACAGAUUCUUGAUAUUGUGUUCUGAUGGACUCCAACAAUACUUCACAAACGAAGAAGCAGUUGCCAUAGUGGACUCGUUCAUCACUUCCUCUCCAGAUACAGAUCCUGCACAACUCCUUAUAAAUGAAGCACUAUUUCGGGCAGCCAAAAAAGCUGGUAUGGACUUCCAUGAAUUGCUGAAUAUCCCACACGGGGAACGACGUCUUUAUCAUGAUGACAUUUCUAUAGUAAUAAUCUCCUUCAAGGGAAAAAUAUGGCGUUCAUCACUUUAAAUUUAUACAUAUACCAACUAAUUUUUCCCAUAGAUGCUAACAAUAACUUUGGGGAACUUUGUUUGCUUUUAUUUUUAAUCUCCCCAUUUUGUUAACACUUUUUUUUUUAAAGUCGAAGCUUGUAAGCUAUUAAAGAAGUUUUCGUGAGUCGUUAUAUAAUUUAAUUAUAUGUAUGAGAAGGUAAACUGUUCCUGAAA